AUGGUAUGCUGUCUGGGCCCAACAAGAUGUGAAGAAGGGAUUCUCAUUUUAAACCUGACGAAAGACACAUACCAAGAAUUAGGCUUGGUAGGAAAACCCACAGUCUUUCAAAAGAAGUUACCAACAAAAUAUGUUGUAGAAAUAAACCUUACUGAAGAAUAUUUCACUCCUGGAAAGAAUUAUUAUGAGCGAGUUAAGUGGUGCCUUACUGACCGACUGAGCCUUGUUUUUGACUUUCUUGUUGCAUGGCUGCCACAUGAAGACCAAAUCUCACAGAGCUCAGUCCCUGCGUAUCUUUGUAACAAGGGGUUUCGCAGUAGAGCCUUCAAAGUGAGUGAGGAAAUCACUUUCAAAAAGGAUGUUAAGUAUCCUGUCAUAGACAGUAAUGACUUUGAUGGACACGGUGAAGGCGGGAACAGUGACAAUGACUGCCCUAUCACAAGCAGCACAAAGUAUGAUGAGCAGAAGAAGGGCGGGACCAAGUCUGAUGGACAGCUUAAAAGUGGAGAUUUUCUCUGUUCAUAUACAGAAUUCUGGGAGUGGCUUGGAGCAUUCACAUGUGGACUUGACUGUGAUGGUUCUCCAGAUGACUUCCUCUCCACAUUCUCAUGUCCAGACCCUGUGUCCAUCUCUCAAAGCUGCUGUCAGUGUAAAUACAGGGGUUUUAUUUUGCCUGGCACUAUAAAUUGCCUGAUAGAAAGUUUAAGAGACUACAUGAAAUCUUCCACAUCCCCCUGGGCUUGUGUGACAGUCCACGGGUUUACAGACUCCCCCGUCUCCUGGAGGAGAAAUGAACACGGCCACCACAAGGGAGGAGAAAACUUGUAUACAUUUGUUUUAUUUCCAAGUGAAGACUACUGGCUAUAUAUGGCAGUUGGAACACAUGAUAUAUGUCCGCCGUGAUUGGGGGGAAAUAUUUGCUGGAGACUGAAAAAUGUUUUAAAUAAUUUACUUUGGUUGAAGAAUAUGUCUAUUUUUUCAUGAUGUUAAAAAUCAUGUUGAAGUUAAAGUUGUUAUUUUGCUUAAUGGGAAAUAUGUCCAGCUAGGGUAUUUUUUAAAGAAGUUCACAUACACAAAUUUCCAAAGAGUAAAAUGCAAACCUAUGAAAUCAAAAUAAUAUUUUUUUUUUUGAAAGAUUAAAAGUUGAGGAUUUUACACAGAAAUAUUAGGCAAAUAUUGACUUUGUACUAAAGACACUUUAAUAUUUUAAAUAUCUGGUUCCAGUGGCUUUCUGGUGAAACAAUUAUAACACUUGGCACUGGAAAUAUAUACAUCUCUUUAUUUAAUAUAAAUAUCUUCAAAUAAAGAGUACCGUUUCAAUAAGUUCAUGUUUUAGAGCUGACAGUCUAAAAAUGUCAAAGUAAAUGUAAAACACUAGACUGAGCUUUAUUUUAUUCAACUUAUGUUCAAAACAAUAAUACUACAAACAUGAUCAAAUUAUCUGGCAGUAUAGUAAAACAGUUUACUAAUUAUGGCAUGUAUAAUUUGGUAUUUAUCAACCUUUGUACAUUUUGCCUUGGAAGCAUCACAAAGAUACCAGUCUGUGAAAUUUGCUGUUUGCAUGAACAUUUUAAAAUUGAUAUCUCAAAAAAAUUCUAAAAAGAAAAUUUUCUGUGAUAUAAAUGUCUGUUUUCAUCUAUUUAUAUUAAAUGAGGGAAACAAUUUUUUAAAAUCACUGAAGCAAGCAGCAAAGGCUGGUAGAUACUUGCAUAAAACACAAUGAAAACCCACAGGUCUUAAAUCUACCUCUGUUCUUUAAUUUACUCCCAAACUAAACUUGCAAAUAAAAGUAACAUUGUUCCAAAUGCCUGUAAUCAUUCACUCUGCUUAAGUGAGUCUAAAUUAUCUUUAAAUCUUUAAAAGAGUAUUUCCAAAGUUGGUUCUUGACAGAGUGGUUGUGUACCCCAAGGUGCAGUUUUAAAGUGUCCCAGUUUCUUCAUAUCUCCAUUUUUGCACAUGUAAAAAUAUGGAAAUGAAUAGGUUUCCCCAUACUGUUUCUGAAACUCCUGAACUACUGCAAUACUGGUAAUGAUGCCAAUCAAU